AUGAUGGUAAACAAGCGCGGACAAUUUCAACAAUCCCCAAGGCUGCGGAAAUACACUCAAAUCAUCGAAUACCUAGGUACUCACCAUUGGCCACCACCACGCUUUCAUUUAAGAUCUCAAGAAACCUAUGUGUCUCUCGGCUUCAAUGGUGGAUUCUCCUUGUUGAAUGCUUAUUUUCCAUCGUACCAAUCAAUUUGCAGUCAUUGUGGCUCUGUAAUUAUAUUACCAGAUUACUUCCCCGUCCCCAUUCAACUCAAUAUAUGUGAAUAUCGUUCCAAAAUACUAAUGUUCACCAUGACAUCACAAUCUGAUUCGAAACAACCGAUACGUCUUCACUCACCUGCAUCGAUGGCAGUGCCACAGCUUCCGUCUCCUAUCCACACUGAACAGCCAAAACUAAUCAAGGAGAUGACUCUGUCACCAGAAUCCGAUUCUUCAGUAAACUUAAGAGGAGGUGGACGUCGUUAUCGACAUCAUCAUUCUCAUACAGGAAGGGACACUGCAAUUGUGGGUGGUUUAUGCUGCUGUGAAUGUUGUGAAUGCUGUUGCUGCAUAUGACAGGAAGGAUGAAAGGGGUAGUAAGGUUAUAAGGAUUUUGGAAUAAAUUGCACUUCUCAAGUUACAUGAUGGGAUCCUGGUGAUGGAUAGAUAUUUUUAAUUAGCUGGCUAAGCCUUAAUAUUCCACUUGGAAGACCGAAUGCUGAAAUUGGGCAAGAUACCGGCGUGGUUUAGAGUGAGUUUUGGAUGUCAAAGGCCGGGUGCCUCCACACGCUUGGAAGGAUGAAGAUAACAGUAGUCGAGAAUCUUUCCAUAAUUUAGCUAUUGAAGUAAUAAGAAAGUUUCAAUCGCUU